AUGGCCACUCACCGUGAGGACAGUCACGUGUCUCCGUCAAGGCAGUCCUUUCGGAGGAGGCUCUUUCCUGGAACCCGUAUGGCCAGAAACUCGUCGACGAAGGCGAAGCUGGUGGGAUUGGACGAAAAGCAGACACGCGACGAGUCGAUUGCUCCUCCUAUCGACGACAAUCAGGCCAACGGUGCGAACGGGGGGCAGGCCCCAUCUUCCGUGCCAUCGCAGUUAUCUGAUGAUUCAGCAUCAGCACCGAAAGUAAUGACCCAUUUCUUGCCUUUACCUGCAGACCCGCUGGUCGACGCAAUGCCAAAGGAUAAGGAAGAACAAGGCUCUUUGAAUAAUACCCUCAUAGGGACACGACGACGUGUUCCCUUUUACCGGCGCCAGGCCAAUAAAUCAUCUGCGUCGGAAGGGGCUCUUUCGUCUUCUACUGGUCACUCGGUAGCGAAAUCUGUCUCUCGCCGCGCUCGUAAGCCGUCGCUCCUGACGCGAGUAAUGCACCGCGUCGUUCCCUGUGUCAGCGAUCCUUUUACACCAGACGCAUCACCCACAACUGUCGAUGCUGCCUCCGUUGCCUCCGAACCGCGUUCGUCUGUUGCACACGUUGAUGCGCUCCCUAGCAAAGAUCCUGAAGCAGACGCCACACCGCCACAACCUUCUGCGGACGUUCCCGCCGCAUUGGUGGCACCCAUCGCACCCACAGAGGAUUCUCCCCUACCACUUGAAACGGAAAUCAUAGUACCCCCUCCACCCAGCUCCCACUUGUCGCCUCAGGAUGAGACAGAUGGCGUGACUUCAGGAGCAGUGCAACCUCCAGGUUCGACAGGCGAUCAGUUAGGCAAAGUGCCCUCGCACCCACCAACCGAGGACUCAGACGAAACGAGCUUUACGACGGACGAAGGAGAGGAAGAUCGACAUACCAUGGAUGAACAGGCCGAAGAGGAAAUGCUCAUUAGAAACGGGGGAUCUGGUAUUCCUAUCGGCUCAGACGGUAUCCCGCAGCCACUAUUGCCACCGAUAGCACCUCAGCAUGCUGGGAGGAAAUGUCUCGUCCUUGACUUGGACGAGACGUUAGUCCAUAGUAGCUUCAGGGCGGUCCAGCAGGCUGACUUUAUCGUUCCCGUGGAAAUCGAGUAUCACUGGCAUCACUUUCACGUUCUCAAGCGUCCAGGCGUAGAUGAGUUCUUGUUGAAGAUGGGAGAAAUUUACGAGGUUGUGGUAUUCACCGCCAGUUUGAGCAAGUACGCCGAUCCAGUGCUUGAUAAACUUGAUAUUCAUCAAGUAGUUGCGCACCGGCUGUUCCGAGAGAGCUGUUUCAGUCACAGAGGGAAUUACGUGAAGGAUCUGUCACAGUUGGGCAGGCCUAUAGCCGACACGAUUAUUCUCGACAACUCCCCUGCUUCAUAUAUCUUCCAUCCCAAAAAUGCCGUCCCCGUUUCCUCGUGGUUCAAUGACCCUCACGAUGCUGAACUCACCGACCUCAUUCCUUUCCUCGCUGACCUGACUUCUGUCCCGGACGUUCGCGGUAUUCUGGACAGUGCAGUAUGA